GGCGGGUCCGGCGGCCGCCGCGGGGCGGGGCGCGAAGAUGGCGGACGCGGUCGCGGGCCGGGACAAGUGCGGGGAGCCGCGGCUCGUGUCGCUGCCCCUGUCCCGCAUCCGGGUCAUCAUGAAGAGCUCCCCCGAGGUGUCCAGCAUCAACCAGGAGGCGCUGGUGCUCACGGCCAAGGCCACGGAGCUCUUCGUGCAGCACCUCGCCGCCUGCUCCUACCGACGCGGCAGCGGACGUGAGAGGAAGGCCCUCACCUACACCGACCUGUCCAAGACCGCGGAGGAGUCGGAGACUUUCCAGUUUCUCGCAGAUAUAUUACCAAAGAAGAUCUUAGCUAGUAAAUAUCUGAAAAUGCUUAAAGAGAAGAGGGACGAGGACGAGGAGGAGAAUGACAGCGGUGAUGGGAAUGACGGGGACGAAGCAGAAUCCUAGACCAAACAGGAGGUGCUCGAGAAAUCAGCCUGCCGAGUUCCUCCUGGAUUAGCAGCGCUGCGUGGAAGCAAGCACAACGCUGUGUGACCUCAGACACCUGACUUCCCAGAGACUUAAGUACAUUGGGUUCCUUCCUGGCUAAGAUAGAGCACCUGAUGUGCCCACACCAUGAAGGGCCAGAAGGAAGGUGGCCCAGACAGCAGCCUCUCUCUGAGGUUCGGGCGCACGGGGGCACCGAGAGCUGCCUGUACACCCAGGCCCUGACCGCUGAUCUAAUGCAGCUGUAAGCUGUAGAGACAGACAAUUUUGCUUCUCUUUUUAAUUUACAGAUAGAUUUUGAAGAGCUUCUAGAAACCAGUUGUGUAAAUUUCUAGAUGUAUAUUUGGAAAUCUUUGUAAACAACCAGAUGUAGUUUGAGCCAAAUACAUAGUUUAUGGGUGAUAAACAUUACAUUUGAAAAUCUGACAAUUUGUUCAAAUACUGCAAUUUUAUUAACUGUAAAGAAAUAAAUAUCUUUAUUAGAA